AUGAUGGCUCUUCUAUUUUCGCUACUAGUAGCUCUGGCUCUUGCUCUCUUCCUGCGGUCGCACAACAACAGCAGGUGUGGGGCCAAUGCGGUGGUAACGGACGGCCCGGCAACAACUGCCGUUCCUCCUCCUCCUGCUACAACCGCUCCUCCCGUCUCCACCCCAGUGACUACCCCUCCAACCGCACCCCCUGCCACAAACACUGUAGGCUCUACUCCGCCAACCGCCCGAGGAAGUUGUCCUUCCCUCCCCGCCACGAUCAACCUCGUCGCCACCCUGAUCCAUUCAAGUUCAUUGAUCAACCUGGAGCGGCUGGCGACGGCCAGCUGCUCGCGCAACGGCAAGGGCUCCCUGGUCGUCGGCGCGUUCGAGCCUGCGGAGCGGGCAUUCGAGCAAUACGUGAGGCAGAUCCCCGUGCUGCCGUUCGACCACCAUAUGCUCGCGGCGCUCGUUGCAAGCAAUGUCAUCAAGACCGAUGGUGCCAAUGGUCUUGGGUUCGUCGAUGCCGAUUGGAUUGACUGGACGGUGCCUACGCUCUCGUGA